CGGCUUCCGGUGUCAUGGCGGCCUGAGCCCGGGGCCGGCGGACGGCGGCGGGGCCCGGCCCUGCGGAGGCCGCGGGUGGGUCCGGCGGGUCCGGCGGGUCCGGCGGGCAUGUGAGCGCGGGCCGAGGCGCCUCCGCGGGCCGUCGCGUGCGCUCGGCGUCAGGCCCGGAUGGCGGGGUCGUGGGGCGCCGAGCCGCCGCGCUUCCUGGAGGCCUUCGGGCGGCUGUGGCAGGUGCAGAGCCGGCUGGGCAGCGGCUCGUCGGCCUCCGUGUACCGCGUGCGCUGCUGCGGCGCCCCCGGCUCGCCCCCCGGCGCCCUCAAGCAGUUCCUGCCGCCGGGGGCCUCGGGCGCCGCCGCCUCGGCCGCCGAGUACGGCUUCCGCAAGGAGCGCGCGGCGCUGGAGCAGCUGCAGGGGCACCGCAACAUCGUGACCCUGUACGGCGUCUUCACCAUCCACUUCCCCCCGGACGCGCCGUCCCGCUGUCUGUUGCUGGAACUCCUGGACGUGAGCGUGUCGGAGCUGCUGCUCUGCGCCAGCCACCAGGGCUGCUCCCUGUGGACCGUCCAGCACUGCGCCCGCGACGUCCUGGAGGCCCUGGCUUUCCUCCACCACGAGGGCUACGUCCACGCCGACCUCAAGCCCCGCAACAUCCUGUGGAGUGCCGAAAGCGAGUGUUUCAAGCUCAUCGACUUCGGGCUCAGCUUCAAAGAAGGCAAUCAGGAUGUCAAGUACAUCCAGACGGACGGGUACCGGGCCCCCGAGGCCGAGCUGCAGAACUGCUUGGCCCAGGCCGGCCUGCAGAGCGACACGGAAUGUACUUCGGCGGUUGAUCUGUGGAGCCUCGGGAUCAUCCUGCUGGAGAUGUUCUCAGGAAUGAAGCUCAAACACACAGUCCGAUCUCAGGAAUGGAAGGCGAACAGCGCCGCCAUCAUCGACCACAUCUUCGCCAGUAAAGCCGUGGCCAACGCCGCCAUCCCCGCCUAUCACCUCAGAGACCUUAUCAAAAGCAUGCUCCACGAGGACCCCAGCCGCAGGAUCCCCGCCGAGGUGGCGCUGGGCAGCCCCUUCUUCAGCAUCCCCUUCGCCCCCCACAUCGAGGACCUGGUGAUGCUGCCCACGCCCGUGCUGCGGCUGCUCAACGUGCUGGACGACGACUACCUGGAGAACGAGGAGGAGUACGAGGACGUGGUGGAGGACGUGCGUGAGGAGUGUCAGAAGUACGGGCCCGUGGUGUCCCUGCUCGUCCCCAAGGAGAACCCCGGCCGAGGACAGGUGUUCGUGGAGUACGCGAACGCCAGCGACUCCAAGGCGGCGCAGAAGCUCCUCACCGGGCGCGUGUUCGACGGGAAGUUCGUGGUGGCCACGUUCUACCCGCUGAGUGCCUACCGGAGGGGCUAUCUCUACCAAACGCUGCUGUAGGCCGGACCCCCGCGGCCACCCGGCG